AUGUUGCCAUCUGGAUUUGCGAGAAAGCGCGGAGCGCAAUCAGUCACCGAUCGUACGACAACCGCUGAUAACCUGCGACAAGCAACCGGUUCUCCCAAAGGUUCCAUCAUCGUCAACACCAUCAGCAGUGCACUAGCGGCCGGAGGCAAGGGUCGACGUCGCCGCCGCGACAUUCAAUGCGAUAAAACAGAUCGUCCCGGAGUUGCUAUCGUUUUCGACGUCGCACUAGCGUAUCCAGAAAAUUUACCGUGUCAAACUCUGCCCUGUCAAGUCGAACAGUUUACCAAUAUCCAUCAACAAUUCAAUAGUGCAACCAAUGUUGCUAUCACGGCGGACGAUGGAAGCACCUUACCUGUACAGCUAUGUCACGUCCAAUCUAAUCCCAAUCGUGACAGUAAUAAUGAAACUAGUUCCGAUGGUAUCGUUGUCGCACCAUGUUCAAUUGUUUGUCAAAAUGGUGGUGGAUGUACAGGUCCCACAACUUGUGCAUGUGCUACGGGAUGGGGUGGUGAUACUUGUACAAUCGCUAUAUGCACAAAUGGCUGCCAAAAUGGUGGCCAAUGCACAGCUCCUGAUAAUUGUACAUGCACUGCAGGCUGGAGCGGUGCAACGUGCGGACUAGGACAGCCAACGUCAUCAAUAACUACAACAGCUACAGAAAACUCUACAACAGCCACAAAACCAGCAACAAUAACCACAGAAACAAAGACAACUACAACAACAUCGACAACAACAACAACGACAACAACAGCAAUAACUACGACAACGUCAACCAUAACGACGACGACGACAUCAAUCACAACAACAACUACAACGACAACAACUACUACGACAACAAGCACAACUACAACUACAACGACUACUACGACAACAACUACUACUACUACUACAACAACAACUACUACUACUACAACCACCACUACAACAACCACCACUACAACAACCACCACUACAACCACAACAACAACUACAACUACAACAACAACUACAACAACCACCACUACAACAACCACAACAACAACAACAACUACUACUACAACAACAACUACUACUACUACAACCACAACUACUACAACGACAACCACAACUACCACAACAACUACAACCACAACAACAACUACAACAACCACCACUACAACCACAACAACAACUACAACAACCACCACUACAACAACCACCACUACAACAACCACCUCUACAACCACCACAACAACUACAACUACAACAACAACUACAACAACCACCACUACAACAACCACAACAAAAACAACAACGACGACAACAACCACCACUACAACAACGACGACAACGCCAACGACAACAACUACUAAAGUUUGGACCCAGAUUGCAUCCGAUAGUGUUAUUGGUGAUCAAAAUUGUGCUGGAAUUGGAUACAUUGCGUCGGCAACAUUGAGUGCAUGUCAGAGUGCUUGUCUGUCUACCAGUGGUUGUACAGCAGUCGAUUGGAAUACAAGUGGUUCAGGAUGUACAUACCGUCAAUGUGCCACGUAUCCGCCAAAUUAUGGAAGCCAAAGUGGUUGGCAAGUAUGGGCAUUACAAACCGUUUAUUAA